AUGCCUCGGUUCCUAACCGAGGUCGUUUCUCUCCCUCUCCUGAACCCCCAUUUCCUCUCCUACCUUUCCCUCGUCGAGAACCAAUUUUUCGGCCCAAUCCCCGCCUCCUUCUCUGCACUCUCCGCCCUCCGCCAUCUCAACCUCUCCAACAACGCCUUCAACGCCAUUGUCCCCUCCAACCUCGCCCGCCUUGCUAAUCUCCAAGUCCUUGAUCUCUACAACAAAAACAUGACCGGUCCCUUCCCCCUCGCCAUCGUCGCCAUGCCCCUCCUCUGUCAUUUUCACCUCGGCAGCAACUUUUUCUCCGGCCAGAUCCCUCCCAAGUAUGGCACCUGGCAACACCUAACGAACUCAUGGGAAACAUCUCCCGGAGCUUGGAAACCUCACCGCGCUUCGCGAGCUCUACAUUGGCAACUACAACGCUUACUCCGACGGCAUCCCGCUGGAGAUUGGAAACUUGUCCCAGCUUGUCCGUUUCGACGCCGCGUAUUGCAGACUCUCCGGCGAUAUUCCGGCUGA